GUUUUCUUCUCAAUGAAUAAAAUCUAGCACGAAAUAGACUGUAUUUCGAGUGUUGCCCGAUUCACCUUCAGUGCAAUCUUUUCUAUGUUCAUUUCUUCGCGGCAAAAUGACUGCCCAGCACGACCGCAGAACUUCUUCUAGAGGCACACCCAACCGUGGCCCCGACGGAACACUACAGGAACAGCCAGAGUUUGUCGGACAGGAACCUUGCUUCUACACCAGUGGUUUCAAAAUCAGCUCCAAGAACCUGCACGUAAAAUUUUUCACCGCGGCCGCGACCGCCGGUAUCUCCACGAACUCGAAGAACGGCUCGCAGCCACGACCGACAAUAUGCUGAUUUUCAACUGACUCUUCGAUUGUUUGACGAGGACCUCCGACUGCCGAGGAACGUGAAAAUUAGUGAUACGCAAGAACAACAAAUCUUCAUCUGAAACAGCUGAGAAUAAAGCAUCUACAACAAUUGAGUUGUACGUCGACAAUCGCAAUCCGACCACGAAGUAGCAGCUGCCUCUGUUUGUUCAUCUUCACCGAGCCGACCACCCAAGAACAUGUUGGAAAAGUAUUUUUCCAAGGCAGUGAACCAUGCCAAAUUGAACUCCAAAAAGUUCUUUUUCAACAGUGCGAGGACAACAUCGAAAAACAAAGCUUCUGACCACCUCUUUCCGCACAACCUGACUCGGAAUUACUUCACAAGCAGGACCAGUAGGAACAGUGCCACGAAAUUGAACAACUUUUUCAAAACUUCUGGGACUAGAAUCAACUACAGCACCACUACGACUAGCCGUCUUCUGUUCCAGACCCUCCGAGUGAGAUUGCAACACUUCUCGAAAUUGACCCAAGCCUACGCUGCGGGGAAUCCAGUGAAGUUCGGUGUCGUGAUUUCUGGUUUGAAAACUCUGUUGGCCGUAUGACAGUGCACAACCCCCCCUCCCCCUCAUUUGUAUGGCAUGAACAGCAAUACAAACACCAGCGCACAUGGACCCUAGUAUGCAUGACAAAUCUAUGUGCUUACCUAAUAUAGUAUUGUGUGGGCUUCCGAAAUUUGUCAUGCAAAUAGUGCCACAGGGCAGCGACUGGAUUUGGGAUUUUGCAUGACAAAUGAGGGGAAGGGGGAGUUGUGCACUGUCAUAAGCCGAUUUUGUCGUGCAGAAAUACGUGGAACGGCGGGAAGAGAUCGACAAAACAAGAAGCUUGCUGUUCGGCUGCUGGGGAAUUUGUUGGUUAGGCGGUGUGCAGUAUUUCAUCCACGUGCAUUUGUUCGCGCACAAACUCUUCCCCCAAGCUGCGGCCUUUGUGGCGAAGGUAUAUUUUACUAUGAUGAAUCUUUGGUCCGAUGGAUCUGGAUGUGGGUCUUUUAAUUUUCUGGUCCUUAUCGUGCAUGACAAACUCAGUUUCACGUGCUGACUUAGCAUGAGAAACUCAUCAAACAAUCACUUCUCCAGUCUUUCAACGCGAAGCUUGCGGACAAGGUUGGACAGCGGAUCGUGGCGAAGCAGGUGUUUCUGGAUCAAUUUAUCCACCACCCGUUUAUGUUCUUCCCCGCUUUCUACUGCGUCAUAUCAAAUGCAAAUAUGUCUGGGUCUGGAAGACUGCCAGACUUGUCAUGCAGGUUUUCCAUGACUCAUGAGGUCUGGUAUGUAGGACAUAGCAUGACAGAUUCUGCGACCCUUCUAUCAUGCCUAUCCUGCAUCAGACACUGCCUCUCGAUUAGGUCAAAAGUGGACAGCUUUUGGUAAUCCUGCAAUACAGAUUUUUACAUGAUUCAGAUGUAGCAUGAGAAGUUGCUCUGUUCUUCCAGACCCGCCGGACACUUUUGCAUUUGAUACGUCAAGGCUUUAGUCGAAACGAAUCCACGACCUUCUGCUGAACAGUCACCGUCCUCUGUGAAAGAGAAAGACGUGAAGACCAUUGUCGAGGACGAAGUUAUCGGGUACGCAUUUGCUUUAUCCUGUGCAAAAGUAUCGUACUCGUAUUGCAAUCAUGCAUUACAAAUCUUCUUUUUAAGGUAAACUUGCAUAUACAAAUUUCCUCUCUCAUGCUGAGGAACUUUGUAAUGCAUUUAUACGAGUGCGAUGCUUUUGCAGUGCAUAUGCUUCGAAAAUCGAAACCGCGGUGAAAACUGGAUUGGGAAAUUACGCAAAAAACUGGCAGGAUGAUUUGAAGACGUGUUGGCAGGUAUAGAUUUUGUUUACUAGAGUGUUGCUUGUCCUCAACCUCAUUCAUCAUGAAGAUGGAAGCAUGACUGGCAUGCGUCGAGAUCUGUGAUGCAGAAUCAACGGAAUGAAGUCACCAGUGCUGCUGGCAUCCUGGUUCCAGGAGCAGGAGCAUGACACAGCGACUUGACGAAAGAAACUCAAAUUUUCCAUGCAGAAAAAUCACCAAACGAACAUCAGAUUUGGGUCCCGGCAAUGACGAUCAACUUCUCCGUUUGCCCCCUUUGGGCCCGAGUUCCCUUCGUCGCGGGUGUCAGUCUGUUUUUCACGAUGUUGCUGUCUGCGAAACGGGGUGCGCCGUUGACAAGUGAGGAUGCGGAUAACGUCAAAAACGGGUUGAAGAGAACACCCUCCGAGUUUGCUGCGGAAAUGGAGAAGAAACAACAUGAAGUUGACGUGUGCGAAAAGAUCGCGUAUGAAUGAAAAUGCAACAAAUGCAAUACAAAUUCAAAUGACUCGAAAAGAGUUUGAGUUUCUCCCCCUACCGCAAUAAUUAAAAAUCUCUUGUAUGCAGAAGAACAAACAUUAUCGUGCAGAAGAGAGAUUCUGAAAUUUUGAACUUCGAUAAAAAUAUCAACGUAUUAGAACCGCUGCUCUGCACUGCUUUUUUACCUGCUACGCAGAAUAUUGCUCUCUCGUCUCCGGACGUAGCUAGUACUAGCACCGCGCCUCUGCGUCGACAAGGAGGUUCCCAGGCUCACCGUCACCGAACAGAACAGUUUCAAUUGACGAAAAAUCAUUUCGUGUAGCUGUAGUUUGUUUCGCAUCUCGUCUGAGGAUUAUUCUAGCACUCACUUGUCGGUAUCAGGCUGCCGAGACCGAGCUUACAAUUACUGCAGUUUGUACUAGAGCAAGUGCAGGAGCUGCUCGUGUGAUUGCUUAUCUGAUAGUUGUAUCAGAUGAACAAUUAGAUCACAAAAAAUUUUGGCCGAGUUUCAGUUUCAACUUUGAUCUUGGUCCCACCAGUGAUCAUUUUCGUCUUCCUGGUGGUGCAAACCUAAAUUGAUAUGAACUACACGACACACUACACUUAACGACAACCGUAUUGAAAACCUUUACGACCCACCUUGCCUUUCAAGACCCGUAGUAUUGAAAAUCUAUGACGCCUCGAUGAUUCACUUUUGUAGCCUGUCUUCGCCCAGAUUCUGACUCACCUGUAUCUUACCUAUAGCAAUCUAUCACGACCCUUCGGUCGAACGUAUCUGUUGGCAGCGAGACCUCUUCUGGUCGGUCCCAGUUCAGCGUCGACCGAGAGGUGUGACCUUCUCUGCCGCCCUUUAUAUUUUCCGCCGAAUUUCUCCGCAUGACAAGCAGAAGUUUCUGCUACCGCGGUGCAUUUUCGGCACAACGGCGCUCUCCUCCCUCACAAUGGCGGAAGAUGCCUGCUUCAUUCACCCCCGACCAGAGAACUCAGCUUCAAGAAGACAGAGAAACACCCAGGAGCAUGAGAACUACACAGCCUGUCUGUGAGUCACACGACGCCAAUCCACAUCAAGCAGAUGACUCUCUUUGUAAAUACAGAUGUUUGAAUGCCACCACAAAUUGUAACUACGCUUUGAUGUAUACCUAUGCAAAAGAUCAUCUGUAGUCGCAGCUGCUUUAAGAGAUAUAUCGAGCUAUAGUUGCAGAUGAUUUUUUCCCCUAUACGCUAUUCCGUGGCCGAUCUGUUUCCCGGCUUGAUUCGGAUGUUGGUACACUAGGAAGCAACUCUUUGAGCUAGAUUUUGACGUUUUACUUUUAGUAGCUAUGCUUGUACAGUAGAUCCAAGGCAAUACGAACCCAAUCUUGUGAAGAGCAGAGAAUACAGACGGAGAAUUGGGAUUGAUGAGAGCAGAAGAUGCUAU